AUGUCGAACCGAUUAUUACGCGACAAUGAAAUUCAGGAUUAUCUCGAUAUACCCUCAGGUAGUGAGGAUGAGGAAGAUCAUUCGGAAGCUGAAAGCGAUGAUGACAUCAACAAUAUCCAGUCUACCCUCAAUCUCUUUGCGGAAUCAACUAGCGACAUAGAAAUAUCACGAAGUUUGUCUCCAGCUACCGUGGAUGUUCGUGGAUCUACUUCUCAGCCCAGUACAUCAGGUGCAUUUUCAGAGUCUACUUUGGAUGGCCCCAGGCAAUCACGCAAUUCAAGACGGUCCUCAAUUUCCAUCCCUUUAGCUAAUAGAACUAAAAACCAGUUCUCUGUAUCGUAUUAUACGUCUCCAGAACUGAUUUCAUAUUUGGCCAAAGAAGGAAUACAAUCGUUAGGGACAGUGAACAAAGGUCGUUUAGGAAAAGACCUUCAAAAACCUUCUCUAAAGGACCCGAAAAAAGAUAAAGUGGAGAGGGGAUUUUCCGAAGAAUGGGUGGCUGAUGCUGAUGGAACUGAUGUCGUAACAGUUUUAUGGUACGAUAACAAACCUGUUGUCUUAUCAUCAUCUUUUGUGGGUCAACAGCCGUCACAAUCCGUAAAGAGGUACUGCAAGAAACAGAAAAAAUAUAUACAAGUAGAUUGUCCCCAAGUAGUCAAAACGUAUAAUCAGCAUAUUUUCCUAGAAACGAGACAGUAA